GGCCUCUAGUGGUGAGAAAUAGAAUUUAGAUUGCAGUCGUUGACUUCCGUUUGCCAGUCGUCUCAAGUCAUUAACUGCUAUAAAAGCAAUGUUUCAACACAACUUUUACGUACAUUCUAAAGACAAGGGUUCCAAAUAGGACCCUGUGAUUCCGUAGUAGAAACGCACUGUAGAUAAAAGUUUCUUAAACUUAAACAAAAUAGUUGUUUGUAUUGGAUGUUUCACAACUAUGCAGGGUUCAAUAAAGAACAUAGUUUCAUAACUAUGCAGGGUUCAAUAAAGAACAAAAAAGGGUUCCCAUAUGGCAUCAAACCAAAUAGCCUUUUUUUUCUAAGGGUGUAGUUUCGUUUUACAGAAACUGAAACUGAAACGACCACGCUGCCUUUGGACACUCGGUAGUUGGUGAAUCUUUCAAAACCACAUCGGGCCUUGAAGACGUUGUCAGGUAUAUUAAGAUCAUUCAAAGGUUUAUCCUUAAAACUGAAGAUGCCAGUCACUUUUUCAGGGUGGCAGGUGGUGGAGGGCAGAAAGAAGCUGCAUAGGGGUGAGGAGCCUGAGAGAGGGCAGGCCUACACCAUGUACCACGGCACGCACAUGCAAAAUGCCCACAUUAUCAUCACCAAUGGAUUCCAGCGCUCCAAAGAUGGUCUUCUUGGGGAGGGCGUGUACAUUAGCCGAAACAUAGAGAAAGCCAAGUGCUACCCGCUGUCUGUGGAUAAGAAAGAUAGGGUGAUCUUUAAGCUGCGGGUGCAGGUGGGCAAAGUGAAGAAGAUUGACAGUGACAACCACCCUCUACAGAAAUCAUGGCACCAGAACGGCUAUGACUGUGCCUGGGUUCCCCCAAAUAGCAACAUCACCACCAUCAAAUCAGGCCGAGAAGAGGACUGUGUGUGGGACCCCAGCAGGAUCAAGAUCGUGGACGUGGCUUGCUGUAUGGACGGGGCCAAGAGGAAGGAUCUCCGCAAGCUGAUAAAGUCUCAGGGGAUGUCAGAAGGAGUGUGCACCCUCUGCCAUAAAGACAUGGGCACUGGUCCACAUCCGAUCCAAAACUGCUGGCAGUGCAACAAGUCUAUCUGUCCCUUCCAAUGGAAACAUUUCUGUGACCAAAACUGAGACAUGUCAUUCAGGAAAAGUCUCAACUAGAUAACUCUGGCUAUGUUCACACUGCAGCUAAAUACACUCCCAAAAAUUGAAAAAAGUGAACAUAGCAACACUUACAAAUGGGAAUCGUGUUUAUUGAACACUAGACCUAAACAUUAUUUUCUUAACUGCAUUUUGAAAUUAGGUCUUCAGAAAUAAAGAUGAUAAUGUAAAUAUAUUGUUAUAAUUAGCUUGAAGUGCAUGUAAUAAUGGUAUCACCAUAGCACUUGUAUUUUCUAUUCUUCAAAAACAACAGAUUGUGGGCCAGAGUUAGUGAAGCCCUCUAUUACUAUGAUAGGACAAAUUAAGAACUGUAAAACAAAAUUAUAAUUAUAAGAUGACUAUUAAAAAUAAAACCCUUAAGUCAUCAUACUAAA